AGAUACACUUGUAUAAAAAACACUCAAAGACGCAGCUUUCUUCUGCCCUUCGUUAUUCCCUCGCUUUGACAGCUUCUCCCGCUAUUCGCAUUUCUUAAAUCUAGAAGCAAAGAUGAGGCCUCCUCUAACUGGUGGACGUGGUGGCGGCGGGUUCAGUGGUGGACGAGGUGGCGGUGGAUACAGUGGUGGACGAGGUGCUUCCGCAGGUAGAGGUAGAGGAGGAGGGAGAAGUUUUGGUGGGGAUCGUGGCGGACGCGGCGGUAGAGGAGACCGUGGACGUGGCAGAGGAGGAGACCGUGGACGCGGCAGAGGAGGAGGAGGUCGUGGAGGAAUGAAGGGAGGUAGCAAAGUGAUUGUGGAGCCACACAGACACGCAGGAGUGUUCAUUGCAAAGGGUAAAGAAGAUGCUCUUGUCACUAAGAACUUGGUUCCUGGUGAGGCUGUUUACAACGAGAAGAGAAUCUCUGUUCAGAAUGAAGAUGGAACUAAGACUGAAUACCGAGUCUGGAAUCCUUUCCGUUCUAAGUUGGCUGCUGCUAUUCUCGGUGGUGUUGAUAACAUUUGGAUCAAACCUGGUGCUAAAGUUCUAUACCUUGGUGCUGCUUCUGGAACCACAGUCUCUCAUGUGUCUGAUCUAGUUGGCCCUGAGGGAUGCGUUUACGCUGUUGAGUUUUCUCAUAGAAGUGGUAGAGAUUUGGUGAACAUGGCAAAGAAGAGAACUAAUGUCAUUCCAAUCAUCGAGGAUGCUAGACACCCUGCUAAGUACAGAAUGCUUGUAGGCAUGGUUGAUGUUAUCUUCUCUGAUGUUGCUCAGCCUGAUCAGGCUAGGAUCUUGGCUCUGAAUGCAAAUUUCUUCCUCAAAUCAGGUGGUCACUUUGUGAUCUCAAUCAAGGCAAACUGUAUCGACUCAACGGUUCCAGCAGAAGCUGUGUUUCAGAGCGAAGUGAAGAAGCUGCAACAGGAGCAGUUCAAGCCAGCAGAGCAGGUGACGCUCGAGCCAUUUGAGCGUGACCAUGCCUGUGUCGUUGGUUCCUAUCGCGUACCUAAGAAGACCAAGGCCGCUACUGCUGCUUAGAAGUUUAGAAAUUUCUUAGUAUUGGGAUUUUGUUUCACUCUUCUUCCGUUGUUGCCAGUUCCUCAGUUUUUGCUUUUCUCUUGUUCUCGCUAGAAUCUUGCAAGGGUUUAGGGUUUAAUCCAAGUAUCAGUUUGUAAUCAUUUUGAACCUUUGAUUGGCUAUUUUUGUUUACGAGGCUUCUAACUCUUCAAACUUAUUCAAUCAGAUUUUGCUUUCUCA